AUGGUGGAACGAGCUCCCAAGUUUCUAAGGCCCACAGUCCAGUUGUUUUUGCAGUAUCCCUUUUCGCACUGCUUGAGUUUCUUUGUGCUUCAAAGCUUUUUCAAAACUGUUCCCUUUUUCGUGUGCUGGUACUUGUUCUACAAGUUUGACUACACUCUACCCAACUCAUUCGCUGUUUCGAACGAGCUCAUUGACAAUGGAGCUAGAUUGAUCCAAGACUCUAUGCAGAACAACGAGGAACUUAUCAACUGUUUGCAAAAAAUCGAUAACAACGUCUACAACAGCAACGGUUCCCUAAAUGAGGAGACUAUUAACAAUUUCGUUACGAAAGGCGCCAAUUCGUAUGCUUUGCUAAAAUUCUUGAAACCUGUUAGUUCCUUCGUUUCAUUGUCGCUCAUGCCUCUUUUCACGAGACAAGUAGUAAUACCU